AACAAUCCAAACCAAUCCGAAAAAUGGCUGAUCGAAGGAGAAGGAGCAAAAGUCGCUCUCGCUCUCGUUCUCGCUCUCCCAGGCGACGAACAGACAGAGAGCGAGAUCGUAGGUCAAGAGAUGAGGAUAGCAGUAGGAGAAAUGGCCGUGAGACGCAGGUGAAAGAUAGGGAAGGAGAUAGACAACCAGAAGCAGCCAAACCAUCAUUUUCUGUGGAUAGAGAAAAGACCUGCCCACUUCUGCUUCGGGUGUUCUUUAACUUUGGUCGCCAUCACAGACCUGAUGAUUUCUUCCGCGGCAAUGCACCGAGUGAUGAAUUGCAGAUAUACACUUGGAAAGAUGCAACAUUACGCGAGCUCAUGACGCUGGUCAAGGAAGUCAACCAGGACGCCCAGCGUCGGGGAAUGAUCUUCUCGUUCGCGUCCGUCUUCCCGACAAAGUCGCGCGGCAUCUAUCGUGUGAAAGAACUCGGCGUCGUGGAUCCGACUAACCGCUCUCCGUCCGACUCUGUCACGCUGGAGUCGUCUCGCUUUCAGAUUGGCGAUUACAUUGACGUAGCCAUCAUUCAACAACGUCCUCCAAACUAUUGAUUUUAAGCUACUCUGACCGCUCCUUUUAGCGAGCCGCCCAUUGUAAGAUUCUUGACGCUUUCACUCGCUGUUUCAAUGGCUCCGCUCCAGUCCUCUCUGGAAGCGUUUCUUGUACCGUUAUCAUCUGCAAGUUUUCCUUUCAGUUCCGUCGCUCAUGCAAACGAAAAAAAAGAUUGUGGCAUUGUCUUCAUACUCGUAUGUCCACCUCCGUUCAUUAAAAAAUCAUGCUUACUUGUUACUUGUCUUGUAUCAUUAUGAAAUGUAAAGUUAGAGGCUUCGUUCCUCUUUGGCUUUUAUACUUCUCAUUCCGUUAUUUUUUGUCCGAAUCCAAGCACUAGUUCAUUAUUUCAUGGGAUGCAUCUUAGUCACGUUGAUGGAUCUCUGUGAUCUGCAGAUUGAAUUGACGAUAACAGUUAAAAGUAACACAAACGUCUUCGUGGAGCUGCUA